AUGCCGAAGAACAAGGGAAAGGGAGGCAAGAAUCGAAAGAGAGGAAAGAACGAUGCAGACGACGAGAAAAGAGAGCUGAUCUUCAAAGAAGAUGGUCAGGAAUACGCACAAGUAAUACGUAUGUUAGGAAACGGUCGAUGUGAAACCUAUUGCAUUGACGGAAUCCAAAGGCUUGGUCAUAUCAGAGGAAAGAUGCAUAAGAAAGUAUGGACUGCUGCUGGUGAUAUUAUCCUUGCGGGGCUCAGGGAUUAUCAAGAUGAUAAGGUUGACGUCAUCUUGAAUUAUAUGCCUGACGAAGCCAGGUUAUUGAAAGCUUAUGGAGAGUUGCCGGAAAAAUUUAAAUUGAAUGAUCCGGUUGCUGGUGGUGUUGGAAUAUAUGGUGGCGAUGAUGAAGACGGUCUUGAUGAUCAUUUUGAUUUCGAAGAUGAGGAUAUUGAUGAGAUCUAA